CAGGGCGACCAUGGAAACCGAGAGGGGAUCCCUGAUCCCCCGGGACAUGGAGAUCUCUAGGAAGGAUCUCCAGCUGCGAGUGACCCCGUCGGAGAUGAAGUUCCUGGACGCGCUGGCCGGGAAGGUGUACCGCCUCCCGAUCACUGUACACAACCUUGGCCGUUGCACCCAGAAGAUCCGGUUUCAGGAGCCAGCCAACCCGCAGUUCAAACUGAUUAUGACCAAUCUGGAUAAAGCACUUGCUUCUGGCCUUCAGAUGACAGCUAUGGUUGAAUACCAUCCUGAUAAAGAUGAAGACACUUUUGACCAACUACUCAUUUCCAUAGGAAAUAGAACAAUAGAAAUCCCUCUAAUUGGGUUGAUUCCAUCUUGUGAACUGGAGAUCGAGACAGAAGUUAAUUUUGGCACAUUGGUUUCAAAUAGUAAAGUAUAUUGCAAAGAGGUUAACAUUAUAAACCAUGGCAGAGCUCCAGGUGUGUUUCAAACAGAAUACCAGGGCCAAUUACCCAUUGUCAUUUUUCCAUCUAAUGGUACUGUGGAGCCUAUGUCAUCAACGGUUGUCAAAGUGGAUUUCUGUGCAGAUGAACCCAGAGUUGUGAAUGAGGUGGCAAACGUGAGAUUGCAAGGUAGUCCGGACAUGCUCCUGAGGAUUGAAGCUCAUGUGGUUGAACAGAUUAUUGAAUUGUUAAACAUGAGUAGUGACAAAAUAGUUGAUUGCAUUCACUUUGGUUCUGUUUUCUUUGGAACAUCAAAAACUGAAUAUGCACUUCUAUAUAAUAAUAGCCCAGAACCAAUAAAUUGGGUGGCCAUAGUUCAAGAUGAUUCAGUUGGAGAAGAAUUGGGUACCAAUAUUAGACAAAGAACAGAUAUUGCUUUAAACAAUCUCACCUGCAUAAGGAAAAAAAGGAACAUAGAUAUUACUUCUUUUAUCUCUUGUAUUCCUAAUGAAGGAACUUUAUUACCUUAUCAAAAGACUGUAAUUACAUUUUGUUUCAGCCCAAAACUAAUCAGUGAUAGUAAUAAGGAUAUUGAUCCUUCACACAGGCAAGACUAUGCUAUCUUUUUGAGAUUUGAGUCUGUAGGAAGUAAAGAUGGAUUUUUGAGAGAUGAUGACAGUAAAGCCAUCAACAGUGAUCGAUUUCAGAAAGUGGAAUUAGCACUGACAGGGACGGGAUUUCCUGUCCUGUUACAGUUUGAUCCAGGAAAAGUCCUUAAUUUUGCACCUUGUUUCAUGGGUAACCGUUCAGAGCUUCUGUGUAGUAUACAAAAUCGAUCCAAAUUCCUCCCUGUGAAAUACCGCUUCCAAAAAACAGCACAUUUUAAAAUUGAUCCUGAAAGAGGGAAGAUUGAUGAAGGAUGUAUCCAGAAUGUGAAGUGUUUUUUUAUUCCACGUCAAGUUGGAGUUUUUAAAGUGAAGCAAUUGUUAGAGAUUAUUGGCUCAGUGGCAGAUGAAAAUUUGCAGAUUUCAAUGAAACCUUUUCAUCAUAUACAUUUAGAUUUCAAUAGCAUUUGCAAACCUGCCAUCAAGAAAGUUGUGAUGAAAAUUAAUCCUGGUAUAUCCCCAUUGGUCAGUAAUCCCACGGAACAAUUUGUGGUUAAAGACUUGGCAAAAAACAACCGUGCACCUGUAGCAAUGCUUCAAUCAGCUAUGACAGACAUUCACAACCAUUACUCAAGUAAAAUAUUAAUGAAGGAUGCGCUGAUAGCCUUUCCCAAUGACCGAGCUGCCAGAUCUGGAGACAACAAAAAUUUCAGGACAAUUCUCACAAAGAUUCCAAGAUAUAACUAUGUGGAUCCUGAUUUUGCAUACACUAAAUUUGAAAAAAUGGAAAAGAGAGCACACCAAAACUACUACACAGAUUAUAUUAAAUAUUCAAGAAAUACGCACCUGAAGAAACAAGCACAGAGGAAAUGCAUGUUUUUGUAUAAUGAUAUAGACAUAGGCCUACAGCCAGCGUCAGGUCUUAAGUCACCCCACCUCUCAGAAGGGGAAAUAGAAGAGGACAUAUCCUCGGGAGAGGAUGAGAUCAAAGCUAAACAAUUGCUGAGUACCAAGAAUAUAGCAUUCAAGGAGGCGGAGUCCCUGAGAAGAAAGAUUCUCGAAGGACUUAAAUCGGACCCAUCCACGCCCCAAGAAAAACAAGAUUGCAGUCUAGUUUUGACACCAAAGGAAAUCCAUCAAGUAAUUGUUGGGCCCUCUGUCCUUAACUUUGGUGAGGUUUGUGUGAAUUCAAGAAAUACUCAUCUACUUCAUGUUAUUAAUAUGCUAUCCAUGCAUAUUUUGAUACAGUUAGAUAUUGAUUUAGAGGAACUUCAGAAGACCAACCAAUUUUCGUAUGUGAUUCCGCCUACAACCAGUACUUACAUUUCAAUGGUAUUUGAAUCACCCACCAUUGGAAAAUUUUGGAAGUCUUUCACGUUCACAGUGAACAACGUACCUGGUGGGCACAUCCUUGUAAUGGCGGUUGUCCUUCCAGUAAGGCUUGAGCUAUCAUGUGAUGAGAUAGUAUUGAGACCACAAGGCUUCUUGGUGGAAACAUAUUUUAGAGGAACAGUUAAGUUAUAUAAUCGCCACAAUUAUUGUGCCCGAUUUAGAUGGGAACCAGUAAACAAAGAAAGAGGGAUGGCAUUUAACAUUCGUCCAGCUACAGGUGUUGUCGAAGCAUACUCAUCAUUGGAAUGUGAAGUAACAUGGCAGCCAAGUUUCAGUUCUCCAGAAAAGGGAGAAUUUGUUCUUCAGGUCAAUGAAGGAAACACAUCAACGCUCAAAUGUGCAGCGCAGGUUGGUCCCACCAAGGUCGUAUUUUUGGAGCCAAGGAUACUCUUCAGCAAUAGCCCUCAAGGUUUAACCACUUGGAGGAAAGCCAUUCUUCACAAUGUUGGACAAAAUCAUGCUUAUUUCAAGGUUUGUGACCAGAGUCUUUUGUCUACGAUUAAUAUUGUUCCAUCUGAAGGAAUAAUUCCACUGGGGGGGAUAACUGUCCUCAAUAUCUCCUGUACACCUACUUUGGCAGAAAAAUUUGAUACAAGAGCAAAGGUUGCUAUCCGCCAUGCAAAUAUCAUAGACCUUAGAAUUGGUGGAUCUAUUGAGGUCGCUGAUGUUGAAAUCAAUCCAAAUGUGUUUAAUUUCAGUGGCACUUAUGUCGGUGCCACCCAGAUUAUUCCAUUUGUAAUAAAAAACAAAGGUAUAACACAUGCCAGAGUGGAGUUUGACCUAGGAGACUUUCGAGAUUUUUCAAUGGAUAUUAAAGACAAAACAGGUCUUAUAGGGGAAUUCACAGACCCUUCAGUGCCUCGCAAAUAUUCUUUGGAGUUAGAGGAAAAUACAUCUCUGCAAUGUGGCCUAACAUUUUCUCCCAAAGAAGUGGCAGCACAUGACUUUAACUUUGAAGUUCGAGUUAAUUUCAUUGAGGCUUCAAAACUUUACAUUCAAUCGUGUUUGUCAGGUUCUUCAUUUCCAAAGACAAAACCUCUUAUUCCUCCGUGUUAUGUUCAAGCUACUGUAUUGCAAGCGCCAUUGAGAUUAUCCAGUACUGAGUUUAUUUUUGAAAUUCCUUUACAAGAUUUGGAUCUUGAUAAAAAUGUCACAAAAACUCAGGAGCUUGUCUUACAUAAUAUUUCUAAACAAGAAGUGCAUUGGAUUUUGGAUCUUAGUGGGGCCACCAAAAUUUUCAAAGAUGGCACAUUCAAGUUUAGUGUACUGAAUGGCACUCUGCAACCAAAUGAAGAGUUUACAAUUUCCCUAAAUUUCUGUCCAACUCAGCCUAGAAAAUACACAGCUGAUAUUCCUAUACAUUUAAAUGAUAAUCCAGUUUCCUAUCGGACUUUAUGUCUGACUGGAGAGGUGAAAUCACCCAAUUUACUGUUGGAUCCUCCAUUUGUAUUUUUCAAUCCUGUUCCUUUGGAUGUAACAACUGUAAUGGAUAUCAACAUUUUACCCCAAAACUAUUUCAGAAGUUCAACUCUACGUAUCAAGAUUCCCACCGUGAGUCUUCUUGAUGGGAGUGAGAUUCAUCCAUUUUCUGUGAAGUUUCCAAAAGGCAAAGAUAUCAAAGGCUCUGCCAGUGGAAGUGACGCUGUGCUCAUCUGCCACCUGAGUUUCAAAUCCUCUAGACCUGUGUCAUUUUUCACCGAUAUUUUUUUCUAUGAUGACCAAAAAAACCGAUUUUCACUUCCAGUUACUGCAACAGCUGACAACUGCAUUCUUACUAUUUACCCAUAUAUGGCAAUUCAUCUUGAUAACCAAAAAGUUAUUUUAAAGAAGGAUAAGGUUAGAGGUCCUCAGACAACCAGAGACAGUAUUUCACUUUCCUACCAGGAUGCUGGAUUUUCCUCUUCUGCUUCAAUUAGAAUGACAUCCUCCGCUAGCAAAUUUUAUGAUUCUGAGCCUACAAAGGAGAGACCAUUUCUUGGAGUGGAAAUGAAACCUGAAAAUUUGAAUGUAGACAACGAUGAAACGUCAGAUAAAGGAGAUGAUGGAUCUGUGGAAAAGGAGGAGACAAAUGAGCAAUUCUUUUCUCCAAAAGAGGGCACAAAGGCAUAUAACUUCUUUCAGAAAGUUGUAAAAGCAACUCAGACCUGGUUCAGUCUCUUCGGUUGGCCUCAAGGACCCUAUUCCUUUUCAAUUCCAGAGUCUAUAAGAAGGGAUGUGUAUAAAAUCCAAUUCUACACAUCAAGCUCAGCACCCAAGAAAUUUUCCAGACAGUCUGACUUUUCUAAAUAUAAUAAGACCAUUUACGAUGUGAUGCUCCACUUGAGUGGAAAACUGCCACCUGGAAUUAAUUCAAGCCAGUCUUUACCUGUGGAUAACACUGAAAGAGUGCUACAACUUCAUUUGCAACAUUCUUCACUUCUUACUUUUCUUGAUACUCAAGGAGCAUGUAUUUCUCAUGUACUGCCAGAAUUUCUUCUUGAACCAGAAGAUUAUAAGAAAUGGAUUGAAAUUACGGCUUCCACUGUUUCCGUGCUUGUGUGUUCCUGUACACCUAAGGAAAAUCAACCUCUUUCCUUAGAUAUCACUAAGUUUGAAGCCAUGAGUAAACGGGCAUGGACAGAUGUAUUCCUUCAAAUAUACAAGGUGCUGAUUCUAUCCCGUAUUGUACCACAGGAUGACAAUCAUACGUGCCAAUUUAAUACACAAAAUACAUCAAAAAUCCAUCCUUAUUUUAUAUCUAGCAACAUAUAUUCCUAUUCUGAAAGGAUUCUGCUUAGUUGGAUGAACACAAAUUAUGAGAUUACCCGGCACAUUAUAUGGAAAAACUGUGACAAGGAUGCUAUUCCCUCAGAGAGAUGGAUAGUCAACUUUGACAAAGAUCUUUCAGAUGGUCUUGUUUUUGCAACACAAUUGGCAGCAUAUUGCCCAUUUUUGAUUGACUCUCACUUUGUAAAUAUGUACACACAACCUAAGAGUCCUGAACAGUAUCUUCACAAUUGCCUGAUCAUUGUGAAUGCUCUUCGUGACAUUGGCUUUGACUUGGACGUACAGGCAACUGACAUCUGUGAUUCAAAUCUAAUUCUGAUGCUCAUGCUUUGUGUCUACAUGUAUGAGAGGCUCCCUACAUAUCUCCCAAAGAAGGUGGUGCCCUUUCACUGUACUCUGCAUGACACUGUGCUGGGACAGAUUCUACUGAAAAAUUCAAGCUUGAAAAGCUUAGUUUAUACUGCUACAAUUGUUGGCAGAGAUGCUGCUGACUUCUCCCUCUCCCAACAAGGAACUCUUGUGACAAUUCCUCCAAAAAAUCAAACCAACAUCACUGUGAAAUUCACCAGUCACUUCCUCCAUCCCGCUGAAGCUUCUCUGCUCUUAAUUUCAAAAACUAAGCAUGCAAUAGGAGGCACAACAAUGACUUUCACUCUUAAGGGUGAAGUCCUUUAUUUUAAAGCUGUUGAGACUAUACAAUGCAAAACCCCAUGUUAUGAAUGGAAAGAAUUUACUGUGAAUAUAAAAAACCCCUUCCAAUCUGCUGGGAACUUCAAUGAUUCUAUGAGUAGCAAUGAAUAUGAUAUUCUUGAGACCUAUUCUCACCUCCCAGGGGCCUUGAAAACAUCAAUUAAGGCCAAUUUCAUCAAAGAGUUUUUCUGCUCUGCGGAUUCUAUUCAUCUGGAAGCGAAAGAGACUUCAACCCUGGAGCUCUACUUUCUUCCCUUUAACAUCCACUUACGGUACUGUGUCAUCAUCCUGAGCAACCAAAAGAUUGGAGAAUUCAUAUACAUUUUGGAAGGAAGUGGCCUGAUCCCCUUGCCAUCCAGCUUCAUUUCAGCGAUGCCUUCAACUCCAGUUGACUACAGCAGUUCUUCAGAAGAAAUGAUUAAUAAGGAAGACCCGGUAACGUAUUUGAAAUGCAACCUCCGUCAAAUCCUGGAUGUGGAGCUUAAAUUGCCAUUGACUAAUAUAGCCAAGGAAAAGGCUUUGGCUUUUGCGGCACAGCAACAGAUGUCCAAAAUCGAGUACCAGCGAAGGUUGAUCACAGGCACUCUGGAGAGCAGCAGUGUCCGCGUGGCCAUCGCCAUCCUGGGGCUGACCAUGAUCGAGUCUCAUUUGCUCUUAAAUGUUUCAAAGUUGAAGAAGCCUAAGUCCAUUUUAUACACAACACAAAUCAGCCUUCCGGAACAUUUUGAUAUCCCGAAGAAAAUCUAUGUCCCUCAGAUUUCAGACAGCCAAGAUAGAUCGAUUAAAUCUAAAAGACUUCAACGUUUAAAUAAAACAGCUAUAUAUGGGUUUGUUCCAUUUCCUAUACGAUUUGUUCCUCUGAAACCUGGACGCUACCCCUGUAAAAUUUUGUUGACAUCAAAGUAUGAUGUCCGUGUCUAUUGUGUUGAAGGCAUUGUGAAUGAAGAACAUGCAGAGGCCAAAUUUGAGUUUAAAACACCAGCAUUUGAAGCUCUUACUCAGAAUAUUCCAAUAAAUAAUACAACAAAGAAAGAAUGGAAACUUCAAGUUACUAUACAAGGAGAAUGGUUUUAUGGACCUUCUGUUUUAUAUGUUGGAGCAGGUGAAACUGUGCUAUAUCCUCUUACAUUCAAACCUAUUUUGGAGUGUGACAUCAUGGGAAAACUUUUUCUAAAAAAUGAAGUAGAUGGUAUGGAGCACAUCUUUGAAAUAAACGGGAUUGGAACAAAACCUCUGGCAUUAGAACACAUCAUUAUAGACUGUGAAGUGGGAAAUAUAGCUAAUAAAUCCAUCAUGAUACCCAAUUACACAAAGACUACCUUAACAUAUAAGGUAUCUUCAGAUCUCCCAAUGGUUUGGGGAAAUCCAAACGUCACCAUAGACCCUGAUAAUGUAACUCCAUAUGUUCUACAUGUGUGUCCUUGGAAACGUGGUGUAUUCAAAGGUUCACUUACAUUUACUGUUAAAAGCAGACGACCAAAUGAUUCUCUGGCGGAAACAGAUCAAGAAGAGUCCUUUCGGAGUUCAAUAUCAGAAAUGACCCAUUGUUUUGAUGAGGAACACUCAAAUUAUGGACUUGACAAUUUAAGAAUGUGGUAUGAUCUUGAGAUCAAUAGUUCUGCUGCACCACCUGUAAGAAUCAUUGAAAUGCAGUGUUUUGCACUGGAGACCACUUGCAUUGAUAUACCUGUCUCUAAUCCAGAAGACAUAAGUAUUCGUUUCGAUGUGCAGUUAUCGAAUGUUGCCCUUAGUGGAUUCACUGACUUUAUACUGAAUCCACUGGAAUGUAUCAACUAUGUUGCACGGUUUUCUCCAGCGACUACAGGCUGUAUAGAUGAAAGCAUUAUUUUUCAGCCUGAAAUGGCUCUAGAGUUCUGGUAUUUACUGAGAUUAACUGUUGAUGCACCGAAACCAACCGUAAUGCCGGAACUACAAUGUGACCUUGGAAAAUAUACCAGUCAGACCAUUUCCUUGUUUAAUCCUACACAGGAAACCUUAGAAUUGCAAGCAACAAACAGUAAUCCUGUAAAUUUUGUCCUUGAUAUUGACAGAAAAUCAGCACUGGUACUAUAUCCUCACUGCACCAUAGAGAUACCUGUUCACUUUUAUCCUUCUGCACUUGGGAGAGCUAUUCAACAAGCUUCAGUCAACUUCCACUGUGCUCAGUUUAAAGAAUGGAUAUUCUUCCUCUCUGGAGUAGGACUAUUCCCCCAGCCUCUAGAGACAGAAAGAAUAACCACAUUUCUUGGCUUUCAUUCGUCAAUCACUAUAUCCUUCAACAAUCCCACCACAGAAGAUGUUUUCAUCGAAAUCAUUCUAACAAGUCAGGAAAUCCCCAGCCAUCUAGACCUUGACCCUUGCUGGAAUAGUUUCUUCAAGGAGAAUUCUGCUUUCAGGCUUAGUACUCCAAGUCACAAACAAGGAAUUACAUUGCCUCCUAAAGGACGUGUAGAUAUCCCAGUGUUAUUUAACCCCAACAAUAUGAAAUUAUACAAAACAAUAGUCAUUAUUCAGAUGAUGAGGGCAAAUGGAGAAUAUUGGCCUGUUGGUAAUUUUGAUGAAUUGGACACAGAGACAAAAAGAAGUAUGGGAAUAAAAAGUGAAGAAAUCAAAGCAAUAUACUGGAUAUAUCCUGUUAUUGGACUCCCACAGGCACCACGUCCUAAAUCCCCUCAAGCUGUCAUAAAAUGUCAAGCCAGAAAGCGGGUAGAAGAAGUGGUGGAAAUCACAAUGACUGGUGACUUUUUUGGACAAAACCCUACCUCAGAUGACUUAGAUUUUGUAGUGAUUCCAAAAAGGACAUCAUAUAACUUUUAUGAAGAUAUCUAUGAAGUGCCUUAUAAACGUGAAUUCCAGUAUGAAAUUCUAUUUGAAUCUGAAGCAAUGAAGUCUAUCUUGGAAUCCUGUGUGGCUUUAUAUUUGGUCAAAAAAUUCUGUCAUAUCAAGGCUGAAAUGAUAACAUUGUUCUUCAAUAUGAUAUUCACACCCAAGAAACCAUUGAGGACUGAAAUCUUACUGAAAAUAGAGUGCAUAACAGAUGGGAUCUGGAAGUUUCCCAUAACAUUGAUUGCAACAGAACCUGAGGUGGACGAUGUCAUUGACAUUGAAGGUGUUGGUUUAUUUAAGGAAUCUAUUGUUGGCUUCAGGCUGACAAGUAAGAAAAGAAAUCCUGAACCAUUUACUGCAUACUUCCUACCUGGCAGUGAUCCAGAGUUUUUUGUUAAACCUCAGAUUGGAGAACUACUUCCUUAUAACACGAAAGGAACUCUCAUCAAAGUGGGAUUUAGACCCCAGAUGUACAGCAGGAAAUACAAAGCAACAUUAGUAGUAGAGACAGAGGAUAUGUACUGGUUAUAUGAUAUCAAUGGGUUACCUCAGGUUACCCUGCCUCCGCAGAAUGUGAAAGCCAGAGUUGACAGUACUAACAAGCUGUGUGACUACAAGCCCGUCCAUCAGCGCAGUUUUAUCCGGGAAAAUUCUAAACUCGUAAGGACAGGGGUGUCCUCUACCAUCAAGGGUGCUCCUUUGAUGUUGAAAAAUAAAUAAUUUUUCCCAAAUUUGUCUUGGUCUUAAGUAGAUUUGAAAAUAUUUCCGUGAUUUUCAUUUCAUCUUUUGCAAUAUUUCUAAGGAAUAAUGGUUUAAUUAUAAUAGGCCCUCUACAGUUUCUUGUCUUUUAAAA